AUGAAGUACUUGGCUGCUUACCUGUUGUUGAACGCUGCUGGCGCUGCCCCAUCUGCCGACAAGGUGAAGGCUGUCUUGGAGUCUGUCGGCAUCGAGGUCGAGGAUGACAAGGUCCAGGCUGUGAUUUCUGCAUUGGAGAACAAGAGCGUCGAGGAGUUGAUUGCCGAGGGUACUGAGAAGCUAUCCUCCGUCCCAACUGGCGGUGCAGGUGCUGCCCCAGCUGGUGGCGCUGCCGGUGCCGAGGAGGCUGCCGAGGAGGCUGUUGAGGAGGCUGCCGAGGAGUCCGACGACGACAUGGGCUUCGGUUUGUUCGACUAA